AUGCCUCACAUUUUAUUGGACAACAACAAACACAUUGUUGGCAUAUUGGCAGGAUGGCCUAAAGGUGAUGCCUGGAAACAUACUGCAAAGGCAGCCUGCAACGCAAUGGAGCAGGCAAGAGGACAGUGUGUUUUCAGAUAUAUUAACAGGGAACACCGGAGAGGAUGCUAUCCAUGCCUUCCAGUGGGAGUCUCAUAUGGUAGAGGGCAGCAGGUAAUGCCAAAUAGCAAUGGAGCAGCCAUCCAAUCCCUCCUCAGGAACAAGGCCAUCCAAAGGCUUGCCAGAUUUGGAAACAGUAUAUUGCACCGCUACUCGCCAAAAGUGCAUAGGCUUGUGUUUGCUGCAGCAACGUUCAACUUUGGCCCUGCCACAGUGACCUAUGGCCACAUGGAUAAUGGAAACUUUGCCAGUGGUAUGUGCAGCAUUACCGCUCUGGGAAACUACGACCCAACCAAGGGUGGUCAUUUGAUUCUUUUUGACCUAGGACUGGUCAUUGAGUUUCCACCCAGGUCAACCAUCCUCAUACCUUCAGCAAUCCUACAACAUGGAAACAUGUUGAUCUCAUCCAGGGAAAAGCACCUUUCCUUCACUCAAUAUUUUGCAGGAGGGUUGAUAAAGAUGGGUUAG